AUGACGGAGAGGGAUUGGGCGUCCCUCGGGAGAGGGCUGCUGCAUGACAUAUUCGUCCGCCUCCCGACCGAUGUCGACGCCGCCAAUUUCCGUCGCGUGUGCCCCGGCUGGCGCGCCGCUGCGGGCACCGGCGCCCAUGUGCACCGCCCAAUGUUCAUCUUGAACGCUGCCGAUGACAAUGUUCACGCCUUUGUGCGGCCCGUGGAUCGCCGCCGCCACACCCGCGUCAGGUUCGUCCGCGUGGACUCCGCCGCCGUCACUGGAGUAUGGCCUCCCGCCUGCCGCUGCGUAAGGGGCACGUCGCGUGGCUGGUUCGCCGUGAACGAAGGCGAGCGCCUCCUCCUUAGGGACCCCAUCUCCCGCGCCGAGAUCCCGCUGCCCGCCUUCGACGCCGGCUACCAGCUGUUCGACGUCUUCCUCUCCGACGACCCUCUCUCCGCGCCCGGCAGCUGGACGGCGUUCGCCUUUUUCAGAUGGGACGACGUCUGUACCCACAACCCGGGAGAAGUGCUCGCCUUCUGCCGCCCCGGCGACGCCGAGUGGGCGCGGGUUGAUCUGGAUGAUAACGGACAGGGCCAUCAGGGCCAGCCGAUGCGGCUCUACCAGGGGCUCGAGUUCUUCGGGGGGCGACCCUACGUGCUCCUCGCAAAACCUAGCAGGCUCGCCCUCUGCGACGUCGAGGCCCGGAGGCUCGUGGUGAGCUCGGUACAGAUUUAUUUACCACCGGGUUGGGAGUGGGACUGGCAACAGUGCCUGGUGGAGUGCGGCGGCGACCUCCUGGUCGUGCAGGUGGCGCGGCGCGAGGAGUAUAGGUCGCCGUGGUACUGCCCAGGGUACUGCCUCGGCAGCCACUACUUCUUGAGGCGCAGGAACCGGUACUUGGCCAAGGUGUUCAAGAUCGUGUUCGACGCGGACGGCGGUGGCAUGCCAGUGGCGUCGGAGGCGGUGGCGAGCACCGGGGACUACGCCGUGUUCGUGGCGCCGCAGGGCCACGCGUUCGCGCUCCGGGCGAGCGGCUUCCCCGCCGUCAGGGCGGGCUGUGUCUACUUCUUUGCUGUCAACUAUACGAGGAGCGUGCAAGGGAUGGUCGUCAUUGAUCUCAAAGCGGAUCCCAGGCGGCGCGAUAAGUUCGUCCGGAAGCUGCCCCUCGCCGGACACUGGCACAUACUAUCUUGGUUUUGCCCUCGCCCGGUGUUGGAUACGACGCCGCCGCCGCGCAGGCGCAGGUUCUCGAUGCAUGGCCUUCGUAAUGCUUUGCCUUUUUUCAAUUAUUAG